AAAAGAAGCAGAAGCAGUCAAGUGGAGCUAACUCUGCUGGAAGAGUGUGGUUCUGCAGAAGACUAGACCGGACCCGAGAUGGCUCAGCACCUCCUGUGGAUCCUGUUCCUCUGCCUGCAAACCUGGUCUGAAGCAGCUGGGAGAGACACAGAUCUGCUUGUGGUGAAUGGGGUUCUUGGAGAAUCGGUUACUUUCCCCUUAAAUAUUCAAGAAUCCCAGCAAGUUUCCAGCAUCGCCUGGACAGCUCAGUCUUCGGUGGCUUUCAUCACACACGCAGCCUCAGGAGCGCCUCCCCUGGUCACUGUGACCAACAAGAAUUACUACGGGCGGGUGGAAGUCGCAGAGCAGAGCUAUAACCUGGUGGUUCGAGAUCUCAGGAUGGAAGACGAAGGAGACUACAAGGCAGACAUCAACAUAGAGACGGUUCCCCACACCACCACCAAGCACUACCUGCUUCACAUCUACCGUCGGCUUGGGAAACCAAAAAUCACACAGAGUUUAAUGGCACUGGUUAACAACACCUGCACUGUCAGACUGACGUGUUCUGUGGAUAAGGAAGAAAAGAAUGUGACAUAUAGAUGGAGUCCCCUGGGAGAAGAAAGCAACUUCCUUCAAAUCUUCCAGACCCCUAAGGACCAAGAGAGGACCUACACGUGCACAGCCUGGAACCCUGUCAGCAACAACUCCAACUCCGUCUCUGCCCGGCAGCUCUGUGCAGGCUCGGGCGCUCGCGGCCGCCGGGCGGCGCUGCUCGGCGCGCUGGCUCUGCUCCUGCUCCUGCUCAUCCCCGCCGCCGUGAUGCUGCUCCGCUGGCGCCGGAGGAGGCAAGAUCCCUAUUUGAAGACCUUCACUAAGAAUUCUGAUGAUAUCUCAUCAAAAACAAUAUACACAUAUGUCACCGUUUCAAAAACUGCCCAGCCAGCAGAGCCCAGAAUCUAUGAUGAGAUCCCUCAGUCCAAGGUGCUCGCCUUCAAGGAUGAGCCUGUGAACACGAUUUAUUCCACAGUGCAGUCCGCAGAGAAGAUGGGGAAAACCAGCACAGAGGACCACAAACCUCCCAGGACUUUGGGCUCUGGCAUUGUGGUCUAGGCUGGCAGACAGAAUUCUCUCUCUGGAAAUGGAGUUCACACCACUGAUGAGGCAGGUGUCCUGGAUCUAGACCUUCUCUGUUUGGCUUUUACUAAAAAAAAAAAUUGCAAGUCACCACAUCCCAACAUAGAAGCAGAAAACAGGAAACCUAUUAACAGACAGUGCCCAGUUGGACAAAUUGUCACUUGCCUUUUCUUCUUGGCUAUUUUCUGGGUGAAUGACAAGACAGGUUCUCUAAUAAUGGUGCUUUCAAAACUUCUCACAUUAUAAAAAACAAUACUUUUUUUUUUUCUUUUGGCUUUUCAAAGUAGAGUCAAGCUCUAGCCCAGGCUGACCUGGAAUUCACCAUGUAGUCUCAGGCUGGCCUGGAACUCACAGUGAUCUUCUUACCUUGACCUCCUGAGUGCUGGGAUUAAAGGCAUGUGACACCCCGCCUAGCAGAAGACAAUUUGUUUAUGACACACUGAGCUAAACAAUCAAGAUUUCUCAUGUCUGAAGGCUGCAUAUGGCUGGAGAAGUCUCAAGCCUAAAGGUGACAACCCUGUCUAUUAGUAGGCAUAGGAAGAGAAG